UGAGCCCCCCAACCUCCAGCUCAAAAAACUCCAAUAUGUACCCUUUACUGGUUUCACGAUCAUCUCGUUCCUCUUUCUCUCUGUCAUUUUCCUUUUCUUACUCCAUUAAUCUGAUACACGAACUCGAAUGCUUCACACUUCCACUCUAGAUCCACCUCUCUCAACACUAAAACCGCAAGAAACGUUACAUUAAAACUCUUACACUCCACAACUGCUGCUCAACCUUCCAAGAAUGGGAGUCUUAGCGGAGUCAUGGUGUUUCUGCAAAGGACUCUCCAAAACUGAGCGAAUGAAGGGUGCCAUUUUCUCCGGCAAGGGCCCCUCCAUGGCCAGAAUCUCCGCCGCCGGAAAUGGGAUCUCAGGUACCGGUUUCUUAAUCCACCGAAAUCUUCUUUUGACUACUCAUGUCAAUCUUCCUUCUGUCGCUGCUGCUGAGAGUGCCGACAUCCGCCUCCAAAACGGCGUCACUGCAACUCUCGUUCCUCACAGGUUCUUUAUCACAAGUCCAAUCCUUGAUCUUACAAUAGUAGGUUUAGAUUCCAUGGAUGGAGACUCAAAUUCCCAGGGUCAGCAGCCUCAUCCCUUGAAGGCAUGUUCUAAAUCAAACCUGGAUCUUGGGAGUGUUGUUUACCUGCUAGGCUAUGCAGAGAAGGAAGAAUUAAUAGUUGGUGAGGGAAAGGUGGUGAUAGCCACUGACAAUCUAAUUAAACUAUCAAGUGACGGAAUAAUAUGGAGCCCAGGAUCUGCUGGAUUUGAUGUCCAAGGGAAUCUUGCAUUUAUGAUUUGUGAUCCUAUGAAACUAGCAACAUCUCCUAAUAUGAAAUCAUCUUCAAAUUCGUUAUCUUCCUCCUCAUCGUUGAAGAAGGAAGCUCCUAUGCAAUUUGGUAUUCCUAUUCUCAUCAUCUGUGAUUGGUUAAACCAGCAUUGGGAAGGCAGUCUUGAUGAAGUUACGAAACCAAAACUACCAAUUAUUAGAUUGAUGUCCACAGGCCAGAAGAGUGAACAUUCUUGUGCUUCCUUUACAGUGAGACAGGUGUUUAAGUCAGAAGACAAAGAUGCUGGGACGCCAUCUUCAUCAAAUGUAAUAUCAAAAACUUGGGAUCAGAAUGGACCAGGCUGUUCCAGUGCAGUUAAUACUGUUGAGGAGGAAACUUUCAGUACUGAUCCACAUGCUACCCAUGUGCAAGGGAUACCUACUCCAGAAAUAUAUGAAUCCCCAAAGUUGACCUCAGCUCCAAUUCAGAGGAAAGUAAGUGGUCAAAUCCAGCUGUUGGAUAUUAACUUCCCUCCAAAGGAUGCCAAAGUUGCAGUCCAAUUACAGCCACUCAAACAACUGUCCCUGAACACUGAUGAGAAUUGUGUCAAAAAACUUCCUCCACAAAGUCGAUUGAGAGAAGAAGACCAAAUCCAGGUCAGAGGGUUGGCCAUUCCUAUUGAAGAUACUGAGAGUGCUGACAUUGCCUUCACAGGCUCUGUAAAUGGGGCCCAAAGUGAGGUCCAGUCUAGUUCAUCUCCAAUAGAAGUUUCAGAGAUGCAUAAUGGAUAUAGCAGUGUGGGAGAGACAACAAUGUACUCGGCAGAAACUGCUGAGAGUCGAAACUAUACAAGUCCUAGAGAAGGAAGAUUUCAGCAAGUGGGGAGGAGCCAAAGUUGUGUGAGUUACAAUAGAUGGGGAGCUGUUCAAAAGAACCCAGUGGCUCGCCAGACAAUGCUAGAAAAGCAGAGAAGCUUCAUCAACGGGAAGAAGAUUUAUUCUCAAGGAGCAACUCCUCAAAGGAGUAAUGACUACUACAGCCCAACUGUCUCCUCAAUCAUGAAGAAGCGGAACAACUCAGAGCAGCCAAGUAGACCUCAGCAAAGAGCUGUUCAUUCAUCUCCAAGAUGGAUGUUCUGAAUCAUUCUUGACGAGUGUUAUACCCAACCAAGGCCAAGAAGAAAUAUAUAUAGAUUUUUAACCCUUUGUUACUGUUCUUUUAUUCUUACUCGAUUUACAUAGAUUGUAUCUAAUUUAUUUUGACUUUGUGCAGACAGAUUGAAGAUGAAUAAGAAAAUUCACCCAGGGGAUUGUAAUUUGGUUCAA